AUGAGAAGGGAGAAGAAAGAGAUGGAGGGGCUCCAGCACCAUCGCGCUGGAUCCUGCUCGUAUCUAAACGAUGUGAAUGAGAAGAGCGUGAAGGACAACAACAAUCACAAAAUGACGGUUGCAAGGAGCACCACUACUUCAUCAACUUUGUAUUCCUACGAGCCACCACCAAUUGAUGGCAAGAAUAUGGCGGUGAACAAGUCAAAGAGCUCGUGGUGGUGCAAUGAGGCUGAAAGAAAGAGACAGCGUAGAGUGGCUAAAUACAAGCUUUACGCAACGGAAGGCAAAAUCAAACAUUCUUUCAAAAAAGGGUUUCGCUGGUUCAAGAUCAAAUGCAUCAACAUCGCACGCAGUCUCUAG